AGCUAUGAUCACCUUAUCUCCAAGCUUGCUAUUGUUCUGCCUCACAGUUUCAUUGCUGCUGCUUCUUCUUCCCUUGCCCUCCCAUUGUGCAGACCCUGAUCCAUUGCAAGACUUGUGUGUGGCAGACUUGAGUGCCUCCAUAUCAGCUAACAACUUCCCCUGCAAGCCCCUCUCGGAGGUUACUUCAGAUGACUUUGUCUUUAACGGGCUGCGCAAGCAAGCUAACUUCACGGACGCCUUUGGGGUCACGGUUACAACUGGGAACGUCCUUUCGUUCCCGGGGCUCAACACUCUGGGGAUAGCCAUGAACAGAGUUGACAUUGAGCCGGGCGGGAUUAACCCCCCUCACUCGCACCCUCGUGCUAGCGAGAUUGGGAUUGUCAUUGAAGGGAACAUCCUUGCAGGGAUUGUGACGACUAAAAAUGUGUACUGCUCUAAAGUCUUGACUGCCGGGCAAGUGUUUGUGAUUCCAAGAGGACUUGUUCACUUUCAGCUGAAUGUUGGACAGAAAAAGGCUCUUACGUUCACAGCUUUCAACAGCCACUUGCCUGGCUCCACUGUUCUUCCUCUGAAUCUGUUUGCUGCGGCCCCUUCGAUCCCAGUCGAAGUGCUGACCAAGACCUUUCUAGUAGAUGAAGAUGCCAUCAACAACAUUAAAUCCAAGUUUGUCUUUUGAAAUACCAUGUUUGAAGGUUUGUUUGUAUUGUAAUUUGUAUGUGGUAUUUUAUUGGGAGAAGAAGUUUGAAAGGAGAAAGUUGGGGCUAUGUACCCUUUUGCAUCUGUUUCAUAAU